AUGCGCUUCAACAACGUCGCCUUGUCUCUUGCUGCCGUCGCCUACGUCAAAGCCAACGUCCAGCUGUUCGCCGAUGAGAUUCCCAUCCAGUGCCUGGCCGUUUGUAACCCCAUCUUCCAACUCGGUCGCAUCUGCGAGGGUGAGCGCACCGUAAUUAGCAAUGGUCCGACGGAGGACCGCCUUGAAGCGCAGUGUGUGUGCACAAACACCAGCUUUGACGUCUCCAAGUACGCUGGCCUGUGCGCUAGCUGCAUGAGUCAGAAUGUUGAAGACCGUGACGAUUUGGAAGUUGCUGACCAGAAUGACAAAGACAUUAAUGACAUCUUGUGGACUUGUGGCUUCCCUAGCACAUCCUACGUUCCAACGGCAUCCUACGCAUCCUUUACUCCCUCCGUCCAGGCAACCCCACUCACAAACUCAGCCCAACUGACCACAACUAUUGAUCCCCGCGCCGGCGGUGGGGCUUCCCCGACGCAGUCCAGCGCCUCUGGCAACAACGGCGGCACCAGCAGCGGCAACCCCACCACGGCCAGCUCCCAAGCUACCCAGACCCCGAACGGAGCGGGUGUUGUCUCGUCCCAGGCCGGGCUCGGUCUAGUUGGUGCCGUAGCUGUCGGCGCUUGCUUCCUAUAA